AUGCUCUCCACGACCGGACUCACGAUUCUUCUCGCCCUCCGCCUUACCCCAUCCGCGAUCGCACAAACGUCAACCGUUCGGUAUAUGCCGACCCCAGUGCCCUGGCAGGAGGCCCUAAGCCGCUGCCAGGAGUGGAACAUGUCGCUGUACCCCGUACCCAAAUCGACGGACGACCCGGUCUACGACGCGCUCAACCAACACCCGCUUCCGACCUACUGGAUCAGCCGGCGCCGUGGCGGGUCGUGCACUUGUCUGAACAGAGAGGGGCCCGAUGAUGAUAAGUUGGAGGAGCUGCCGUGUGGGGAGGAGUUGCCUGCUUUUUGUGGUUGA